AUGUGCAACGCUUGGUGGGACGAACCGCGCCGAGAUUGGCCUCGAGGAGCGCGUCGCGCGCUCUUGAGGAGCCAGGAGCCCACUACUUCGUACCGGCCCGGGAGUGAGUGGACGCUGCUGAAAGGCCACGACGGACAGACCGCCUUGGUGGUGGGCCUCCUAACCCACCCAUUCCAGGUUGACCAUUUCCCAAUGCUCGCCUGUGUCCGGACACGACUUCGAUCGACAGGGCCGGACGGCUGGCUUGGAACACGACGGCUAGCCAACGACGAGAGAUGUCUUGAGCGACAGCAAUUGAGUGAUUGUCCCAGGGAAACGGGGCAUACAACUGGUCCUGACCGCGGGGCUCGAAAGACCCAUUUCUCCGCCGUUCUAGAAGGUUUCCAGCGAGGUUACUUUCACUAG